AUGAUAUCUACCACGGCCCAGUUCAACACAUCCGGUUUCUCUGGCUCUGUGUCGACCUACUUCACCAUUGGGACAAGCGACUCCCCUAUCAUUACAAUAUUCUUUGGACAGGAAAUCAUAUUAAAGAUGCAGAAAGAAAAGACCUUCACGUUCGUGUUUGUCCUGCAGGUGCGUUCUUCAGGCACAGUUACACAAACCUUCAGCUCUAUGGCGUCAUUAAUAGCACUGACUGGCAUACGACAAGACACCCCAGACAUCCGCGCAGAAGUGAACGAGGAGGGAACAGACACCACCACUUUCGUGUCUGCAUUGGACAGGGUGAACAAAACCUCCACAAGCAACAACACAGAGUGUCUCUAUACCAUGGAGUUGAUCCUGCAGAAAAUCCAAUUCACUAAUGCGGUAACAGGUGAAUUAUACCCGUGUGAUCUGGACAACCAGGAAAAUGCUGAGCCCCCCUAUGUGGAAAUUAGAGACAAAUAUAACAACACCCACAUCAAGAGAUACUGUUACCUGGACAGAAAUGAGAGCAUACACUCAUUCGGUGACCAGAUGUUUGGCUAUAUCGUGACCAACGGAGAUCCAAAUAUUGUUCCAGAUAUUCGGGCGAUUCAAAUCAAGGAAGAGUACUGCUGCGGCGGCGUCUUCUAUGGGGCCUUCCGCGAGCCCCUCAUUAUACCGUCCCCGGACUAUCCCCAAUACAAGCCCCACAUGCGAUGUCCUUUCGUCUUUAGGUGCGACGAGGACUUCGAAGACUGCGUCAUCCGGCUCGAAUUCGAAAGCUUCAACCUCGCCUCCAACGACCUCAGCCGAAGCCGUCGCCAAGCGCUGAACGAAAGCGACUUCGGGAACGGCACCGACGCCACCACGCUCGCCCCGUACGUUCCGCCGACCGGCUCCGACUUCAACAGGACGAUCUGCGCCGGCGAGGACGUGGUGCGGGUCAGUCAGUGCGACUCCAUUUCGGCGAUCAACGGUCGAGAGUUCUGCGCAGACAACCCUCCCUCGCAGGUCUACACAGGCUACAAAGAAGUGCUGCUGUACUUCGACUCGAACGACGAAAGGCAAGACCAGGGCUUCGUGAUCAAAUUCACAGCAAAGGACAGGAGGAAAUGGAUUUACUCUGACGCCGAACUCAAUCCGCAGUGCACGUGCGCGCACAACCUCCCCAACCAAAUAAGGAAGUACUUUAGGAAGAGGAAUAAGAGCAAGGCCAAUAAAGCGAAGGCAAACAACGAGUCCCUGCGGCGCGUGAGGAGAGAAGAGAGGGAGAACCUUAAGGAGAGAAGAAUGGCCGAGAGGGAAGGCAGAAUCCCUGAAAGGAAGAGGGGGAAGAUGAAGCCACAGAAUGAUGGGAAUAGGGAUAAGAGCGAUAAGGAUAAGGACGAGAAGAGAGAGAAGGACGUCGAGGGUCCAAAGAGUAGGAAGAUGAAGCCACAGAAUGGUGGGAAUAGGGAUAAGAGCGAUAAGGAUAAGGACGAGAAGAGAGAGAAGGACGUCGAGGGUACAAAGAGUAGGAAGAUGAAGCCACAGAAUGGUGGGAAUAGGGAUAGGAGCGAUAAGGAUAAGGACGAGAAGAGAGAGAAGGACGUCGACGGUCCAAAGAGGAGGAGGAUGAAGAAAAUGAGGAAAACGGAAGGAGGAGGCAAGAACGACGAGGACCAAAACAAGGGAAAGAACGGAAGAGACAAAGAAGAAAAGGACGACGAGAAGCCAAAGAAGAGGAGGAAUAGAAUGAAGGCAGGAGGCAAAGACAAAGACGCCGAGAACCAAAAUAAAAAGAACAAAGACAGAGAAAGCAAAGAUAAUGCGAACGGCCCAAAGAGACAGAGGGAGAACGGAGGCAGAGGCAGCGAGGAGAACGCUGAACGCCGAAAGAGGAAGAGGAAGAAGACCGGAAACUCGGACGAAGGAAGGAAUGAGAACGAACCAAAGAAGCUCGAGAAGGACAGACGGAAGGACAGGUUGCAAGAGAAUAAGGCGCAGAGACUUCAAAGGAAGAACAAGAAUGAAGACGAGGAUAUGCCCAUGUCGCGAGCCCUCAACGCGAGAACAAACAGGAAACGGCAGCAGUUCCCAUGGCUGGUCAGCGUGGUUCAGUAUGAACUACCUCUCGUGGGAGACAAGGUCAAAGAUGAUCGCAAAAUUGAGAGAUUGUGCGGUGGAACGCUUCUUAGUGACAGAUACAUCCUCACAACGACCUCCUGCUGUACUUAUUGCAAAUUCCUUUGGGAAAAGAAGAACAAGAAGAAUAAUUCGCGGAAGAAGAGAGACGCAGAAGGAGAGGGCAAUAAUAUGACAAAUAAGAGAAGAAGGAAUAAGGGAGAAGCUAAGAAGGGCGAAGUCAAAGAAGGGGAAGACAUGGAUACAGAGAAGAAAGAUAACAAGAGGAAAAGAAGAAAGAACAAGAAAACGGAUGAUGAGGAGGGUGGCAAGAACAGGAAUAGAGACAGAGAGGAAGAGAGGAGGAACCAGAGGAAAGCAGAAAGAAAGGAGAGAAGAAACAGGAAGAACGGCAGCGAGGGCGAUGAUGAUAAGAAGAAAGACAAGAAGAACGGCAACGAAAACAAUAACGAUAGGAACAAGAGGCAGAGGAAUCGGAAUCGAACGCAGAAAGGAGGCAAGAAGGAAGACAAAGAGAACGGCAAUAAUCGAACGAAGAAAGGAGGCAAGAAAGACAAAGAGAACGAAAGGGAAGACACGAAUAGGAAGAACCCCAACCCGCGACAGAAGACGAAGAAGCGAGAUCCGUUCAAGAAGGACGUGGCCGCCAUCAUCGGCGAAGGUCGUAUCAGUAUCAACAAACUCGGGGACAUUCAACCACAGAAAAUUGCUCGUAUUUUCAUCCCUAGCGACUGCUACGACAAGAUGGGCAAGACAGAGCUAAACGGCGAACCGCUGUACCCGGUCGAGUGCCCAGUCAUCCUGAAGCUGAAGAAGAAACAGAAGUUCAACAGGUUCAUUAAGCCCAUGUGCUUACCGAUUUUCGACAAGAUCAAAAUCAACAAGGAAAGAGCGGCGUCGAUGGGUUACGGGAUCAGGAAAUCGACGAAGAGAGAACCCUCUAAGAUACCGGCUGAAGUGAUAAACAUGCGCGUGCUGAAGAAGUGCGAGAAGAGGCUGAAGAUGAAGCUGGACAAGACGAUGAUCUGCACGAAGGGAAAAAAAGAGCGGACACAUGUGCUUCUACGACGAAGGUUCGCCGCUCUUGAAUGUCAAAGUAACUGGCGAUGGAUACAAGCAGCAUGCCAACCUCUACGGUGCCUUGGUUGUGCCAAGCUGCGUACUUGAAAAGAAGAAGAAGAAGGGCAAAUCCCGAGCGAAACGAGACACCAACGAAAAUGGACAAAAGAGAAAAAGGCGAAAGCAGAGAAGAAGGGA